AUGCUGAUCUGCGCGCUCCAAUGGGGGAGCCUGCAUCCGGCGCACGCAUUGGAGACGGCUUUUUUAGAAUUUUUUGCUAACUUUCUAGCCGGCUCUGACCUCGUAACACCGCCGUACGCGUUUAUCAUUCACGUGUACCCGAGUCCUGGCGUUCCUCCUUCCCUUGUCUUCGCACUCGCUCGAGUAUUGAUCUGCAUCAAGUCUUACUGCAGCCCACCAAUGGAUCAAACCAUGUAUUUCGACGUUCAAGUUAGCCCAGAUAGAAAAUCAAACAUCGAGUUACCGCUGCACGGUCAUCUAUGGGUUUCCACAUUGUUCCCAUUUCAUGGUACUGUCAGCCUUCUGGGCUUUUCCAAUCACUGCCGCUUCUUCUUCCUUCCUUUCUUCAAUCUAGGCAAGCUUCCUUGCUACAUGGGAUUUUUCCUCUAUCAGCUGUCUGAGCUCAGAUACGCUCAAGCUUUACUAGUCCCUCCCCUCGCUCUUUGUUCGUUCUUCAAGAUAGGGGACAGCAUCGUGAAGCUGCAAGCUGUUCGGCAAAUGGUAUCAGUCACCAGGACAUUUACGAAUCAUAAUCUCUUUGUGCGAAUGUGGUCGCCGUACAAUCACGUGGGAUUCCUGCUCUAUCAGCUGUCUGGGCUCAGAUACGUUACUCCGAGGUCGCCCCGAUCGAUGCCAAUGUUAAUGGGUGUAUAUCACAAGUACAGACCCGACGCACGAUUCUACGAUCACUGUAGCUUCAUUCUUUGCACUCAGACAGAUGAUAAUAAGGCAUACUACUCUCAAACAUGGGCCAGCAGACAAUCACUCGAGAGGAUGCAUAGACUUUCGGGUGAUCAUCUGCUGAUCCCGGAGCGACUUGGAUCGAAAGAAUUGGUGGACAUUCACAUGGGUGAAACGCUACCGCAGUGCGACUCUGAUCAAAUGCCAUACAUAUUCGUAAUAGAGGUGCACGCUCGAGCCAUUAUUGUUGCCGACGACAUGACCAUCUGA